AUUCCCUAUUUCUAUCUCUCUCCACAUUUUAUUAUUUUAUUCUCCCUCUCUCAAUCUCUCUCCCUCUCUUUACCUCCAUUGCAAACCAAGAUUUCUUUACAGCCUUGACAUCUCUCUCUCUCUCUCCACCAUGACACCACUUCACCUACCUAUUUCAUCCACAUCUGCUUUUCUUUACCACCAUUAAAUCAACUUAAAAGAAUAUAAAAUACUAUAUGAAUCUCCACAUUUGCCCUUAGAGAUUGGAUUUUUAAUCCUGCCCUCAUUUUAACAAUUUCUUAUUCAUUUUCUUCAUUCUUUUUGCCCCUCUCCAGGGUAUACAUUCUUCUACUUCCAAACUACGCCUCUUCACUUUCUUCUUAGCUUUGCUCUGUGUUUUCUUUAUAGCCCACCUGUGGCAUUGCCUCAUGUAUGCUUGCAGAGUCUCUAUUAGUUGAAAAGGAAGCUCCUUUAAUCUUUUUCUUGCUUUUGGAAUCUCAAGAUCGAGUGGAUUAAGUCUAGAUCACUGCCAAGUUUUUUGUCCAUUACUGGGAUCCAGAAGGCCAUGCCUAAUUUUGUAGAAAACUAGAAUUCUGGACGCAGUUUAGUUUUCGUGCCAAGUAGCCAAAAAUGGCAUCUGGGGAUUUAAACAGAGAGCUGAAGAAGAAAGUUUUGGGUAUGAGAUUAUGGGAGGUGAUUGGCAUCUGCGUUGGUGCAUUUAUAGUGUUGAUUCUGUGUAUCUUAUCUAUGUGGGUCACUUGUCGAAGAAGAUCUAAAAGAACAAAUAACAAGUACUCUGAUCCUCAAAUACCUUUUGCUUCGAAAGAUAUCAAGGUUGACAUAGUAGGGGACCGAAAUAUGAAUGAUCAUCCAGAAAGUUUAGUUGUUACAGUUCCUGAUAAAUCUAGCGAUAAGAAUUCUGAGAAGCUUUUGGUGCACCUAGGUAUGAGUAAAUCUAGUGAUGCUGAUAACAUCAGCCAGUGCAGCUCAAUGUAUUAUCAUGAGAGGCCUUGUAGUUCUCAGUCAGGGGAAGAAGGGAGUUCUGGUACGGUCCGAAAGCAGUCCUCCUAUGCAACUGCUUCUCCGUUGAUCGGCUUGCCAGAAAUGUCACAUCUCGGGUGGGGUCAUUGGUUUACUCUUAGAGAUCUUCAGCUUGCAACAAAUCGUUUUUCAGCUGAAAAUGUGAUUGGAGAGGGCGGAUAUGGUGUUGUUUAUCGUGGAGUACUAAUCAAUGGAACUGAAGUUGCAGUUAAGAAGCUUCUUAAUAAUCUGGGGCAGGCUGAGAGAGAAUUUAGAGUUGAAGUGGAGGCUAUAGGCCAUGUUCGACAUAAGAAUCUUGUACGACUUCUUGGCUAUUGUGUAGAAGGGGUACACAGAAUGCUGGUGUAUGAAUAUAUGAACAAUGGAAACCUAGAACAGUGGCUUCAUGGGGCCAUGCGCCAACAUGGUAGCCUUACUUGGGAAGCCCGCAUGAAGGUCCUUAUUGGUACUGCAAAAGCUCUUGCCUACUUGCACGAAGCUAUAGAACCAAAAGUCAUUCAUCGAGACAUAAAAUCAAGCAAUAUCCUGAUUGACCAUGAUUUUAACUCAAAAGUUUCUGACUUUGGAUUGGCCAAGCUCUUGGAUUCUGGAGAAAGUCACAUAACUACCAGAGUGAUGGGAACAUUUGGUUAUGUUGCUCCGGAAUAUGCUAACACUGGCUUGCUAAAUGAAAAGAGUGAUGUAUAUAGUUUUGGGGUCCUCCUCCUGGAAGCAAUUACUGGAAGAGACCCGGUGGACUACAGUCGGCCUGCUAAUGAGGUAAACCUAGUAGAAUGGCUGAAAACGAUGGUUGGGAAUAGAAGAGCUGAGGAAGUUUUGGAUCCAGAUCUUGAAACGAAGCCCCCAACACGUGCUUUGAAAUGUGCACUUCUGGUUGCUCUUAGGUGUGUUGAUCCAGACUCACAAAAACGGCCAAAAAUGAGUCAAGUUGUUCGGAUGCUUGAAGCAGAUGAUUUCCCUCAUCGUGAGGAUCGUAGAAAUAGGAAGACCCGCACAGCAAGUAUGGAAAUUGAAUCCAUGAAGGAUAACGGUAAUUCAGCUGAGGUGGACAGCAAGGUAGGACAGUCUGAAAACACAACUUCAGAGAUAUUACAUGAAUAGGAUGACCGAGUCUUGAUGGUUUAUUGAGCCUGCAUAGGCAGAUGAUAAGUUGACAAUACCUGCUUGGAAAGGAGUUCUGCUAAAAAAAAUUUAGCACACAAGAGAGCUGUUCAACUUCUGAUGGCCCAUUUGUGUUCUUGCAGCUUUUGUAAUGUUUCAUAAUUUCCUUCUUUAUUGCUCUAGAUGGAUGGAGAUAUGGACUUGAGAAAAAUAUUGUAUAGUCUAUUUUCUGAAUCCAUGUCUGACCUAUUUAAUCAUUAUCAAUAUAAUACCAUCAUUCUUUUUCUGCCA